UCCGAAAUUCGAAAACUGCUCGUGGACGUGACGGCUCGCAAAAGUGUCGACACGUCGUUGAUACUGCACAUGGUUAGCGUGGACAGCUCGGCGGUGUCGAACGUCGCCGAACAGAACCAGGGCGACGUCGUGCGGUCAAUCAUGACCUACGGACGUAAGAGCAGCAGGCUCGAACGAAUGUUUCCGUUCAGACAGAUGUACGUCGAACCUUCCAGGCGUAAUUCGAAAACAAGUUUCGUACAGUAA